AUGAUCGCCAUCGGCCUCGAGGGCAGCGCCAACAAACUCGGAGUCGGAGUCAUCUCCCAUCUUCCCAACGGCAAGCCGGCCCAGAUUCUGUCCAAUAUUCGGCAUACAUUUAACGCCCCGCCUGGCGAGGGCUUCCUCCCCAAAGACACUGCAAAACACCAUCGAUCAUGGUUUGUCAAGCUGGUCAAGCAGGCUAUGAGCCAGGCCGGGGUAACUAUCCAGCAGCUUGAUUGCAUUUGCUACACCAAAGGCCCGGGUAUGGGCGCUCCGCUUCAAAGCGUAGCGGUCGCGGCGCGCAUGCUUUCCUUGUUAUGGGGGAAGGAACUCAUUGGUGUCAACCACUGUGUAGGCCACAUCGAGAUGGGCCGCGAGAUCACAGGGGCUCAGAAUCCCGUCGUUCUUUACGUCAGCGGGGGAAAUACUCAGGUUAUUGCCUACGCAGAGCAGCGGUAUCGAAUCUUUGGAGAGGCACUUGAUAUUGCAGUUGGAAAUUGCCUGGACCGGUUCGCACGUACCCUUGCGAUCAGCAACGAUCCCGCUCCUGGAUACAACAUCGAGCAAUUGGCGAAGAAUGGCAAGGUACUUCUGGACAUACCGUAUCUAGUCAAAGGAAUGGAUUGCUCCUUUUCCGGCAUCCUGUCUCACAUCGAUAUACUGGCCGCAGAGCUCAAGGCAAAUUCGGAUCAACGAGAUCCUGUUACUGGCGAGCGAAUAACCACCGCGGAUCUGUGCUUCAGUCUGCAAGAGACUAUCUACGCGAUGCUGGUGGAGAUCACAGAGAGAGCAAUGGCACAUGUAGGAAGCAACGAGGUGCUGAUUGUUGGAGGUGUGGGUUGCAACGAACGACUGCAAGAAAUGAUGGGUUCGAUGGCAAAGGACAGGGGAGGCAGCGUUUUCGCCACGGAUGAGCGUUUCUGUAUAGACAAUGGGAUCAUGAUCGCCCACGCUGGUCUGGUGGCUUACGAGACCGGGUUCAGAACUGCGCUCAACGACAGUACCGUCACCCAGCGGUUCAGGACCGAUGAGGUCCUCAUCGAUUGGAGGGACUGA